AUGGAGCAGAGGAAAAAGGCAGUAAUCGGAAGGAAAUUGGGUCUUGUGCGGGGAGAGCGGCGGCCGAGGCAAGCAGAGUUCCUCCAUCUGUCCAGCCACGACACGGGUCAGCAGAUCACCUUCGCAAUCCAAUGUCCAGUGAAGCCCGGAGCCCAUACAUCAUCAUCAUGCGACGCCUUUGGUAAUAAGGCUGCCUGGAGUUUGGGUGUGGAAGCUCCCCAGUAUCACGCUCUCCUCGGGGGUAACGAGCCGACUCUCCUCGCGACUCUGAAUGGGUGGCUGUGUUGUCGAGUGGCUGAAUGA